CUGGCAUACCGUGGGUUCGUUACGAUCCUCUCGCACGGCCAGUACACGCCAGUACACGGGCCAGGACACGGCCCCGUAUACACACAGGAGAGAGAGCCGGCCCCGGCUGGGAACCGCCGAUAUAAUAGUCCUAUUCGCAUUUGCUACCAGUGAUAGUGAAGUGCGGACUGGAGAGCCAGAGAGAAAGAGAGAGAGAGCGAGAGAGAGAGACAGGCCCUCGAGACAGGGCGGAAGAGAGAGAGAGAUAGAGAGGAGAGAAAAAAAGAGGGAAGGCCCGACCGAGAGCGGACCGGCGUGUCGCCGAUAAUCAAGGUCGCGUCGCCGAUCGCGCUCCGUUCCUCGGGGAGGUCGCGUGCCGCGUCUCCCGCUCUUCGGACACUCCCGGGGAGAGACCGACCGAGAGCGCGGGAUUUUAUGGCUCGUCUUAUUACCCGGUUUAUUGCCUCGUAACCUUUUAACGAUCGUCGCUCUCCGCAGCGCCGGUCCUCGUCGCCGUCGACGUCGUCGCGCGCGCCGCGCCGCUGGGAGCCGGUGACCAUAACGAGGCCGUAAAACCGCACCAUGAGUCCCAUUCCGAGUUACGCUCCUAAGGCCUAUUGACACCGACAUCGGUCCCACCCACGGCCCGAUGACUUUUACGAGCCCUUAAGCGGUUUAAUGCCCCUGGCCUGCCCCGACCAGUCUCCUACCUGCCGCGACGGCGAGUGCGCGCCCCCCGCGACGCCCCAGGACCCUGCCGAGUGACCCGAGACGCGGGGCCAGCGGCACCGAGGGGGCCCGGCCGCCGCCCCAGGACCUCCGCGAGGUACCCGAUACUACCGGAGACCACCGGACCGAGUGCGCCGAUCGGGUCCGAGGAGCCGUCAGGGGGCUCCCAGGGGCUGAUCGCGGGAGACCGCGUUCUCCGGCUGAUUCCGGGGGACUACAGCGGGUCCCACCGGCGCCCAUCGGCCCCCGCCCACGGGGAGCCUUCCUCUCGACGCGACCUCCCGGUGGCCCGGGAUACCCGGAACGAUGAACUCGUACUUUGAGCAGAGCGCCGGGGGCUUCUACGGCGGCCACCACCACCAGACGGGGGCCGCCGGCCAGCACCACGACCCCGCCACGGCGGCCGCCUACCGCAGCUUCCCCCUCGGCCUGGGCAUGUCGCCGUACGCCUCCAGCCAGCACCACCAUCACACCUCCUCGUCGCUCGGCAUCCAUCCGGCCUCCGGGGCCAACACCAGGCCGCCCCAGGACUCGCCCUACGACGCCAGCGUCGCCACCGCGUGCAAGCUCUACUCCACCACCCCCGAGGCCGCCGGCCACACGACCUCCUCCUACUCGUCCUCCGGCAGCAAGGACUGCAAGCAGCAGGACCAGGCCGCCGCCGCCGCGGCCGCGGCUCACCAGAACGGAUACGCGGCCGUCAUGGCCGCGGCCGCCGUCAAGGACGUCUGGCAGUCCGCCACCUCCGCCACCAACGGGCAGUCCAACUCCGUCGUCCGGCCCUCCGCGUGCACCCCCGAGGGCACGCGGGUCGCCGGGUACGGCGGCCUCGUGGGCGGCGACCCUGCCUCCAGCCCCGGCAACAACGGCUCCUCCAGGUCCCUCGCCUCCUCCUGGAACACCUGCAGCCUUAACUCGCCCGCGAGCCAACCGGUCGCCACCCAACUGCACCAGCAACCCACCGGCAACCAUACCUUCUACCCCUGGAUGGCUAUAGCAGGGGCGAACGGGCUGCGCAGGCGCGGCCGCCAGACGUACACCCGCUACCAGACCCUGGAGCUGGAGAAGGAGUUCCACACGAACCACUACCUCACCAGGCGGAGGCGGAUCGAGAUGGCGCACGCACUCUGCCUGACGGAACGACAGAUCAAGAUCUGGUUCCAGAAUCGGCGGAUGAAGCUCAAGAAGGAGAUUCAGGCGAUCAAGGAGCUGAACGAGCAGGAGAAGCAGGCCCAGGCGCAGAAGGCCGCGGCGGCCGCGGCCGCGGCUGCGCACCAGCAGCAAGGGGGCGGAGGGGGACCCGAAGGGGGCAACUAGGGGUACGCCCUGCACCGGAGCCCCCCCGACCCCCCCACCGGCAACCCUCAUCACCCUCUACUAGCACCGCAAUGUACACAGCUAUACUAAGGUAAGUGGCAGGCUGCGCCGACGGUGUCCGUAAUGCCAAAUAGGUAUCGAUGUGUUUCUCUCGAUAGUCAGUUAAUGGGUUGCGGCGAACGAAUGCUGCGCCUGGUGAGUGACCAAACCCGGACUCCCGUAGCUCGCUUGACCAUUGACCAAUAUCCCCAAACCGAUGAGCCAUGUCCACCUUCUGUUCACCCGUCGAGUAGCUACAGUAGUUCCCGAGCUAGUGUAGCGAAUGUUAGUGCAGUAGCGUACAGAACCCCGAAGCUAUGACUGGACCAACCCUCCAAGCCGAAAGGCCCUCUAAGAUGCGUCGAAAACGUUCCAGGGUCGACGACUUGGCCCAGAAAUCGAAAAGCCAUCGCUGCCUAGCCUUGCACAUCCACUCUUGAGACCUAUGGCACCCGAAAGCAAACGUUAUCUCCGAUUAAAAAGCACAUAUAUCGAAAGCAGGCUCUAUCGAUACCCCGACUCGAUCGUGGAGUCUCCCCUGAGACGCUCGAUCGGGUCGGCGCUUCGAGCGGAGGAGCUGGAUUUUCUCUCCAACCUGAAAACCGCAGAAAAAAAACAUCUACCGAUCGGGGCAAUUUGUACGAUUCCAUUGCCGCUAUGGAAAUCAAAUCGCCGAUAAAAAGUGCGUAGAGUGAUUUAACUUGGAUCCAGUGUCAGUGGGUCCGUGUACAAAGCCGUCGAGGACUGCCGUUUCUUUCCUCCUUCAUUUAUCAAUCGUUCCGCUCCCAUGUAAUGGAAGUGCAUGCCCGGUGCGUUUCUUUGAGCGACGAUACCACGACUGCCGUUACACGUUAUAUUUUUGUUAUUUUUUAUUGUCUACGACUCGACUCGAGGGCUGCUUUUCCGCGUUUCGUCGUAAAACGCGUCGCCCGUAGCCGCGUAUCAAAGCGGUCCCACUUCGUCAAAGACAGCGGAUUUCGAGAAGGCCCGAGUUUAUUUUCCUUUCAUACUUUAUCGAGUACGUAAAAAGAAAGAGAAAGUCGGAAAAGACCGGUCGGAAAAUCCAAGUUGAAUUGUGAUCAAAACGGGCGAGAUCGAAAUGUCGAAAGCGCAGCUCCCUCGGUCGUUACACGGAAUAUAUCGAUGUUCGCAAGAAAUUUUGUUAUUAAUAUAUUAUUAUUAUUAUUAUUAUUAUUAUUAUUAUAUUGUCACUCUGUAAAUAUAAAAACGAUAUGACGUAUUCGCUCAGUACCUGCGAAGAGGGCGGCGAGUACGCGCUGUUUUCGAUACGAAUGGCUCCUUUUCGAAUCUAUUUAGGGGAUGUACAUCUCUGGCACGUCACUUUUGAAGGAAUGCGCGACGAUAAAGGCUUACAGAUAGGAACUUAAAAAUCGGAACGAAAUACCCUAUGUACGUACCUACUUAGUACCUAAACGCCUACCCGAGGAAAGCGUGGCGCCAACACUAAUAGUAACGUUACUCUAGUUAACGAAUGUAUACGAGUAGCCGCUAAGCGAGUAUUGAGGAACUGGACACACUAUACGUAGACGCAGUAUUUCUAAGAAGAGUGUAAUAUUAGUAAUGAUUAUUUAUUUCGUGGAUCUCCGAACGAACCUGUAACACCGCUUAGCGAGCUAUAAGCGCGGAAGGAGGAAUUCUCUGCAGGGAAAAUUGGCCAUUGCUACGAUAUUUUCGGUAUUCGAUAAAAUGUUCGGCUUAUCGUGGUAAUUACGAUUGUUGGGCGAAUUAUUAGCCGAUCGGUUGUCGUAGGGAGGAGGAUUGCGAAGCGAUCCGGUGAUUUCGUAGCGGGGAUUGAUUUUAGUCCUGGAACGAGUUGACUCCUUUCUGCGCAGGACUAGCCGAGUGUAGGCCAAUUUUUAGAGCGGUGGGGAAUACCUAAGUAUACGUAUGGUAGCCGUGUAUAUGUGUCAACGUCUUACGUGAGGAAAUUGGAUUUUUGUAAGAUAAAUACCCGACUGUUCGCCGACUCGCCGAUUCGAUUCCUGACCGGGCAGGCUCGAGUCCUGCCGGCCGUGGAGUCACUUCCGAGAUCGCGGUUGCUGAUCCGAAGGACAUUAUAACGUUGUGCCGAUUAUACAGCUGCUAGAAAAUAAAUGCGAUUUAAUAUCUGA